CCCCUGCCCCGGGAACAGGACGUGGCGAGGAGGCUGGAUCUGCAUGGAGACUUGAUGCCUGCGGUGUGUGGGACUCUGCUCAGGCUGGGCUCCGUGUUUGGACACAGGCUGCCAUGGCCCACACAACAAACAGGACCGGCCGGGCCCCAGGAAAAGCGGGCAGCGUUCUGAACGGAGACCAUGACACAGACCAGAGGGACCCUUACUCGGUGGAGACCCCCUAUGGGUACCAGCUAGACCUGGACUUCCUCAAGUACGUGGACGACAUUCAGAAGGGGCACACUGUCAGGAAGGUGACCAUCCAGAAGCGGCACAAGCCCUCGGCCCCAUGCCUGGAAGCCAGGGCCGCACCUGGCCAGCAAGGCGGCUGGCCCUCCACGGAGUCCCUCUCCACCUCCAGCAGUGACAGCCGCCACUGCCGCAGCUUCCUCCCGGACAGCAGCCACGCGACUUCCACGCCCGUCCCCCGGCUGCCCGCGCCGCUGGAGCCCACUCCUGCCUCCCUUGCCGUCCCGGACAGCCGGCACCCGCCGCCUGCCUCACCCCAGCUCCCCAGGCACAACCUACAUGUCACCAGGACCCUGAUGGAGACGCGGAGAAGGUUGGAGCAGGAGAGGGGCGCCCUGCAGCCGGCCCCGGGGGACCUCCGGCGGCCCAGGCUGGCCAGCUUUGGGGGCAUGGGCUCCACCAGCCCCCUCCAGUCCUACGUAGGCCCCGGGAGCCACAACCCACCUGGGCCCCAGCUUCAGAAUGGUUUUCGAGGCAAGGGGGACCACGGCGGCUACUCCAUGGCCUCGGCCACCGCGUCCUCCGUGGGGAGCUCCCUCCGGCACAGCCCGCUGAGCUCGGGCAUGUCCACGCCAGUGACCAACGUGAGCCCGCUGCACCUGCAGCACAUCCGGGAGCAGAUGGCCGUGGCCCUGGGGCGGCUGAGGGAGCUGGAGGAGCAGGUGCGCACCAUCCCCGUGCUGCAGGUGAAGAUCUCCGUGCUGCAGGAGGAGAAGCGGCAGCUGGCCUCGCAGCUGAAAAGCCAGCGGGCCGCCCCGCCGGCCGAGGGCCUGCGCCCAAGGUCCUACAGCGCCGGCAAUGCCUGCCAGCUGCCACAGCUGGCCCAGGCCCGGCGGUGCCGGGGCGGCGAGCUGUACAUCGCGGAUGAGGACGAGCAGCUGGAGAGUGUGGGGCAGAGCGCGCAGAGGCUGCAGGAGUUCCGGCAGCUCGCGGCUGACAUGCGCGCCCUGGAGCAGAAGAUCCAGGAGAGCAGCUGCGAGCCCGCCCCGGCGCCUCCUGACUGCCGGUCGGUGGCAGUGGGCGCCGACGAGAGCAUGCAUGAGGUCGUGGUUUACCGCCGGGACCUCACGUCCCACCAGGACGUGGCAGUGGGGACGGCCCCCGAGAGGAGGCACUGCGGGGUGGGCGUGAGCGAGGCCAUGCUGGGCAUGAGCACGGAGGCCGAGCAGGAGAUUGAGCUCCAGCAGCAGGCGAUUGACACCCUCAAAGAGAAGAUCUACCGUCUGGAGGUACAGCUGCGUGAGGCCACCCACGACCGGGAGAUGACCAGGCUGAAGCAGGAGCUGCAGGCCGCCAGCUCCCGGAAGAAGGUGGACAAGGCCACCAUGGCCCAGCCACUGGUCUGCAGCCGCAUGGCGGAGGCCGUGGUGCCCACUCGGGACCAGACGGUGGGCAACCACGUGGACGUGGCUGACGCCUGCGUGGGGUCUGCCGUGGAGACGCGCAGCACUGGGGUCUCCUGCCGGCCCGACACGCACAGCAUCUCCGUGGGGCCCGAGCAGCCCAUGGACCGAUGGGUUGUCAGGGAGCGGGUGGACGUGCGCAACCAGUGUACCGGGCGGUCCACGGAGAUGUGCAGCAAGGCUGUGGACGUGCGCAUCAGCGUCUGUGAGACGGGCAGCAACACGGAGGAGUCCGUGAGCGACCUGUGCCUCCUCCAGACCCACCUGAGCCUCCCCGACGUGCGGUCUGUCGGCUGCGGGGACUGCUCGGUGGACGUGGACGUCAGCCCGCAGAAGGCCUGCGUCUCCCGGGGCGUGAACACAGAGGCCAUUGGCCUGGCCGAGGCCGCCGUCCUGGCAGUGCCCCUUACUGCCAGCCAGCACACCAGCACCGCUUGGGCUCAGGAGGAGCGCAGCACCAACACUGAGGCGGCCACCCUGGUGGAGUCAGGCACCAACACGUGUCUCAGCACCUCGGACAAGCAGACCAGCACGGGGACCGUGGCCACGAGGACGGUGGCCGUGGGGGAAGGCCGAGUGCGGGACGUUGGCGCCCCGCCCAAGACGCGGUCCGUCGGGGUGGGAACGUGGCUUUCUGGACACGCUGGCUUCGACAAGCCGUCGGCCGUGAAGACCAGAGAUGCGGGCGUGGGGCAGGUCAGCAUUCACGACCACUACCUCGUGGGUCUGAGGAUGAGGAGCAUCGCCUGUGGCCCCCACCAGGUGACCCCGGGGCUGACCGGCAGCCGCAGGAGUGUUGGCGUUGGAGACGGGCCUGUUGCCGAGUUCCUGGAGGGCCCCCCAGCCCAGGCGCCUCCCGGCAUGGUGGCCGGCUUGGACCACUACAUCGAGCGGGUCCAGAAGCUGCUGGCUGAGCAGCAGAUGCUGCUGGCUGAGAACUACAGUGAGCUGGCCGAUGCCUUCGGGGAGCCCGGCUCGCAGAUGGGCGCCCUCAACUCCCAGCUCCUCAGCACCCUGUCCUCCAUCAGCUCUGUGAUGGAGUCGGCCCGCUCCGAGGAGCUGAGGGGCACCAGCUACCAGAAGGUCAGCCUGGGCAAAGCCAGAGAAAGCAACCUGGAGGUUGGAGCCCGACCCCCGGGGCCAAGGAGCCAGGCCCCCCUGCUGGAGGAGGCAGGGGUGGAGACGGAGGCCACAGAAGGGAUGCCUAAUGGUGAUGGCCAGGGUGACUUCGUCCCUCCGGAGAGCAGCCUGUGCCCCGUGAACCUGACAGACGACCAGAUUGCCGCCGGCCUCUACGCGCAUGCCGCCGCCGGCGAGGCCACCCUCAAGUCCAUCAUGAAGACGCGGGGCGGGAGCAGAGCCGGCUCCGGCGCCGGUGCCAAGAAGAACCUCCAGUUCGUCGGCAUCAAUGGAGGGUACGAGACCACGUCCAGCGAUGAAUCCAGCUCAGAAGAGAGCUCUUCCUCAGAGUCCGGCGAAGCUGAUGGCCCUGCGUACCCUCCUGAGGAAGAGGAGGACGAUGAAGACCCUCGGGCAGUGGCCGAAGGGCUCAGGUCUGCCCGGGUGGCAGCCGAGAUGCAGGUUCAAGAGAGUGAAUUCGAGAAGGUGGAAAUCAGAGAGAGGUACGAAUUAAGUGAGAAGAUCCUGUCUGCGUGCCACUUACUGAAAACGAACCUCAAAGACCCCAGAGCGUUGGCCAGCAAAGACAUGCGCUUCUGCCUGAACACCCUCCAGCACGAGUGGUUCCGCGUGUCCAGCCAGAAGUCGGCUGUCCCCGCCAUGGUGGGCGACUACAUCGCCGCCUUCCAGGCCGUCUCCCCCGACGUGCUGCGCCACGUCAUCAACAUGGCCGACGGCAACGGCAACACGGCCCUGCACUACAGCGUCUCCCACUCCAACUUCCAGAUCGUCAAGCUGCUGCUGGACGCAGACGUGUGUAACGUGAACCGCCAGAACAAGGCGGGCUACACCCCCAUCAUGCUGGCCGCGCUGGCCGCCGUGGAGGCCGAGGAAGACAUGAGAGUUGUGGGGGAGCUCUUCGCCUGCGGGGACGUGAACGCCAAAGCCAGCCAGGUCAGGGCAGCAGACGGGCCUGGUUCCCUUGUCUGUACGCUCAUCUUUAAAUUAUGGCGAGGGUAG